AUGGAUUCCUCUUCGUUCAAUCUCAAUCACAAAACUCUAAAGAAAUUACUUUUAAAUUAUGGAGAAUAUCCAUCCAAAUAUCGAAUGCUAAUAUGGAGGUACAUGUUGCAACUUCCCGAAAAUAAGGAACAUUUCGAAGUAUUGUAUUCGAAAGGAAUUCAUUUUACUCAAUACAGUCUACACCAAAGAUAUCCAAUUAGUAACUCUUCGAUCUUUAGAAAAAUACAACGAAUUAUUUCUGCUCUUGCAAACUUAUCACCAAUUUUUGGAACAGUAGAUUACUUACCAGAGGUCUUGUUUCCCUUUCUGAAAGUUUUUAAUCAAAGUAGUUGUUCGAUUUUUGAGAUUAUUGCCACAUUUUUUGUGAAUUGGGGAAAAGAGUGGUUUGAAUUCUUUCCAAAUGCGCCUGUCACAGUUAUGAAUUAUGCCGCUUCUCUUUUACAAAUUAGUGACAAUCAAUUGCUUGAGCAUUUUGUUUCGAUUGGAUUGUCUCCUGAGAUUUAUGUUUGGUCAUUGUUCAAGAGUGUAUUUACAGAAGUAUUUUCAACAGACAUGUGGUUAAAAGCUUUUGAUCACAUUUUCUCAAUGCCUCCUUCUUUCCUUUUUUACUUUAUUUGUGCAUAUUUGAGUUAUUUUCGAAAAACAUUCUUUCAACUCAAAACGUUGCAAGAUUUAGAGGAUUUUUUCCAUACCAUUCAUGCUUGUGACUUGGAUAAGAUUUUACAUUCUGCCUAUGACAUGCAUAACUCAACCAUUCAGUCUUCCAUUCAAAGAGCAAUAACCUCUUCCUAUGGAGUGUUUACUCCUCUUCAAAAAGGUCAAUACGUUCUUGGGUUACGAUUCCCAAAACAUUCUGUUGAUUUUCAAAUGAAACAGAGAGAAAAAAUUGCAAGAAGUGAAGAAGAAAUUGACAUUGCAAGAACGAAUUAUGAAUCUCUAAAGAAACACAACACAGAGUUUGAAAUAGAACACAGAAAUUGGCUCAUUCGUCAACGAGCAAUUUUAGAAGCAAGCAGAGAUCGACAACAACUUGCAGAUCAGAUCGAAAGAGAACUUUUGGAAGAGAAAGAACGAAUAAGACAAUUGGAAUUACAAGAACGUCUGAAAAAUAUUGAAUUCCUUCAAGAACGAAGGAAAAUGUUAGGAGAGAUUCAAGAAGCAGAAGCAAAUCUAUUGUCACAAACUGAUCAACGAUUAAGCUCUGUUCGUAACGAUAUUUACAGUGACAUCAAACACAUGACCACCAACAUGCAUCUCAAUCAAGUCGAGAAGAUGGAAGAAAGUAAACGAAUGGACUACCAAAUGUUUGUCGAGAGAUGUCCUCCUGCACAUUACACUCCACAACCCACUGCUGCAGGUAUUGGAGAAAUGAUUCAUCCUCGACCAUCCAUUACCUCCUCGGAAUGGUAUCAAACAACAACUACUGUUCCUCCUCCUCCUCCACAAACAAUGUUGAAUUCUCCUCCAAAUCUUUUAAGUGAUGCAACAACAACAGAACCAGUGGUGGUUCCAAAUGCAUCAUCUGCCUCGAACGAGAAUGCAUCCACUCUUCCUCAUUCGAAUUUGAUUCCAUCAUCUUCCUCUCCUUCUCAACAACCACAACAACGCUCUCCACAAGCAUCAGCAACACUCAGUCAUGAGAAUCAAACGAAUCAUUCCGUGAAUCGUGUGGAAGCGAAUCUUUCAGUGUCACAACCUCCACAACAACCGUCACAACGAUUAGAAAGUUCACAAAAAGUUGAAGAUUCACAAUUAAGCUUUGCUGAAGGUCUUAAUGUUCACAUGUUAGGAAAAGAAAUUUCGAAUUUACAAAAAGAACUUGAUUCUCUCCAUAAAGUAGUGGAAGAGACACAUUCAAAGGAACCUCAAAAGAAAGAGUGUAAAGAAAAGAAUGAACAUUUAAAGAAAAAGAAACCAAAGAAGGAAAAGAAGGACAAAUCUUCAUCUUCCAAAGAGACAACUAAUGAUCCAAGUACAGAACAGAAACAACGAAUCUCUGAAUCUGUUCCACUCUCAAAAUCAACAUCCAAACAUGCGACAGACUCUUCUUCUAAAAAGAAGACGAAAAAGAAGGAUAUUGUUCGAUCAGAAAAGAACUCAGCAGCCACAUUGACCCCUACAUCUACCUGUGAAAUGAGUGUUCAAACGGAUACAACGAACACCAUCAACAAGAAGAAGAAGAAUUCCUCCUCUUCAACAACUAGUGUGACCAUGAGAAAAGACAAGAGCAAACCAUUGAAUGAUCUUUCAGAAUUGAACAUCUCCAGCAGUAGUAGUAGUAGUGGUGGUGGUGGUGACUCUUCAAAAACACAUUCCUCUCAUCACGAAGAAGAAGACGAUUCUAAAAUUUCUGAACUUCGAAAAUCUCUCUCUCAACAAAAAGCUCAUUUGGAAAAAUCAGAAGGUGCUUUACAACAUAUUGAAAAUUUAGCUUCAUACAUUUCACAACAAACUUCAGCAGCAAAAAAUAGUGAUUCCAAUAUAUCGAGAAGUGUUUCUUCCAUUUCAACAUUGGAUACUUCAAGAACAAGUCAAGUCUAUUCAAGAUUUGAUUAUUUGGAAAAAGUCGAUCAUCGUGUGAAUGAUUUAAUUCAAAAGAAAUUUAAAGAAUUCAUGUCAAAGAGAGGACAAGAAGAAAAGAAAGUCACACCUGGUUCAUCUCCAUCUUCGAUCAUGUCUUCUAGUGGUGGUAUUGGAAAACAACACUCCCCUCAAAACACCUCUUCUAUUCCCUCCAACGCAUCAAAGAAAAACUCUUUCGAAUCAAUGAAUGACAAGUCGCUGUCAGGUCAUCACAUGACUGCUAACAACAACUUGUAUGAAGUGGAAGAGAGAAAUUUGAGUUAUCCAACGACCACAAAUACCACAGCUACUACAGCCACCACCAUGAACACUACGGCUAUGGAUCACUCUUCAUUUCAAAGGAAUGAUUCAGGUGUGAAAGGAGCUCUUGAAGAAUCCUCAACAAAUCGAUCUUCCUUCUUGUUAAAUGAAACGACAGAGAAAGUUUAUUCUUCGGAUACAUCUUUGUCGGUUCUUUCGAAUAAGAGAGUGAGCGGAGGAGUGAGAAAUCGAGGAAGUAUUUCAUCUACUUUUAAUCCUAAAUUUGAGAGCAAGUACUUGAAUUCACCCGAAUCUCAGAAAUCAGACAAUGACACUUCUUCUGAUGUGAAUUCUCUGUUAAGACACAGCAGUGAUUUUGAAACCAUUGGUUCCAAUCGAGUGAAUGUCUCCUCACAACCUUCUUCAGAGAGCAGCAAUUCCCUCAAUGAUUCCUCAAUCAAUCACACUCUCAAGCCAGCAAACAUGCAUGGUUACUCUUCGGCGGUCCUCUUGCUGAAUGAUUCAAGACAAAGCGAGGAAAAACCAAAAACUUCCUCGAGUGUCCUUACGACCAUUACAUCCUAUCCCUCCUUGUCAAGUAGUGUAGAGUCCAUUCAAUUGAAACCUCAGGACUACUCCUCGUUAGAUUUAAGCUUUUUUAGCACCACAAGCAGCAACGAUGAGGAGAAUGUGACCAUUUCCACCUCUUGCUUGAUUAGUGAUGAAUAA